AUGGAGGACGGGACGGGACGAAGCACCGUCGGAGGAAGCCACCGGAGAGGAGCUCACGUCGGCGACCAGCCAUGGAGCCGGGUAUGCUUGCGCCUGACCUAUGUGAUCCCCGCCGCCGUCGCCAACUCCACCAGGCUCGUCCGGCUCAACCUCAGCCGGAACACGCUGUCUGACGCGGUCUCGGUCGAGGUCGUCGCGUGGGCGUCGCUCAUGUUCCUUGACCUCUCAUACAGCAACCUCUCCGGCCCCAUCCCCGACGGCUUCGCUGGCUCCGACAAGUCACCGUCUUCGACCUCCAAGCUCACCGUCGACGACGACGACGACAACAACAGUGACAGCAAGAAGGCCAUCACCGGGAGCUACCAGCUCGUGUUCCUCAGCCUGGCGCACAACGCCCUUGACGGGCCCAUCCCGGAGUCCCUCACCAUGCUCACCAAGCUAACCUCGCCGGCAACAGCCUCAACGGCACCAUCCCGGCGCAGCUCGCCGCGCUUCCUUCAACGUCUCCUACAACAACCUCUCCGCCGCGGCGCCGUCCUCGCUGACGCGCAAGUUCGGGGAGCCCGCGUUCACGGGGAACGUCCUGCUCUGCGGGUACUCUGCUUCCACGCCUUGCCCGGCGUCCCCGUCACCCGCGCCGGCGUCGCCCGCGGAGGAACCGCCUUCGCGCGGAGGGCACAAGUUCGAAGGCGCUCGUGCUCAUCGUCGCCGGGAUCGUCGUCCAAGCAGGCGGCAGCCAAGGAGGCUGGUGUUGGCGUUGGUGCCGCCGUUGCCGGGCGCGACGAGAAGCCAGGGUCUGGCGCGCCGGAGGUGGAGUCCGGCGGGGAUGUUGGUGGCGAGCUGGUGCACUUUGAUGGGCUGCUGGCGUUCGCCACCGCGGAGAUCAUGGGGAAGAGCACCUAUGGGACCAUGCCAAAUGUAUACGGCGAGAGGAUGGGGAUUAUGCUGCAGGUCGAUAUGACCAUAAGAGGCCGUUGGGGCACGGUUAUGGCCUGA